CAGACCCUCCUCGAUGGGUCUAAUACCAACUUUACGUGUGGCAGAUACACCCGGGUUAAUUUGAUAGUCAAAGAGAGCGAACUGUAUCUUAGCAGAAGCAAGCCACAGGAUGAAGACACAAGUUACUUUGUGGAGACUAUGCCGUUGCUUAUGUUUCAAAUCGAAAAACUGAUAUUUUUCUCGCCAACCACUGGCAGUCUUAGAUUCUCAGGAUAUAUUUUUAAUCCGAAGAUCUUUGAAUAUGAGCUGUUGUUUGAGCUACCAGUUUGCCAUGUUGGGCAACAGGAUAACAGUCAAAUGUUCUGA